GAGUGGUCUUCCUGUCGGCUUAUCUCAAGGACGGUGAAGGUUACGGACCGUGCAAUGCCGAGCUGGUGUGGGAGAUCAUCGAGUACCUGUCAGUGCUCAACGGCAUGCAGAUUCCGUGGAUCAUCGGCGCCGAUUUCAACAUGCCGCUCACCGCCCUGGACCAGUCCGACUGGAUUGCGGCGGCUGGAGGACUGGCUUUCGUGUCUGAGGCGCCCACUUGCAGGCAGGUUUCACCAGGCACGCACAUAGAUUAUUUCAUUUGCAGCAGCUGGCUGGCGCCAAAGCUUGACCCCUGCACGUGCGUUUUGGAGGCGGCCACCACAUACCCUCACCUCCCCGUCCAGCUGACUUUGAGGGCUCGGGAGACGCCCGUGUGGGCUCGGGUUGCCAAGGUCCCGAAAGCUUUCCCGUCGACCCCUCCCAUCGGCUGUGCUAGGUGGGGCCGUGUUGGCGUUGCCGCCGAGGCCUACGUGGGCCGCAGUGGGCCUCUUGAGGAGUUCAGUCGGUUCAUGGCCAACGUUGCCCGCUGUAAAAAAGUGCUUGGUUGCCUUGACUCUGACGUGCGUGAUUUCUUCAAUGGCGGCUUCGCCGUCCUUGCACGUCCCGACGUUGCCAGUAUGCUUACGAAGAUCUACAUUCGGGCGAAGUCUGCCAUCGCCCGCGCGGAGAAUGCAGCGUCCCAGGCCUGGAGGCAAUGGGCCAGGGAUGCUUUCUCUGCUGGCGCCUCGAAGGCUCACAG